AGAGGCGCUGCUGCCGUCCGUCUAGGAGCCGGCCAUGCCGCGUCUGCCGCUGCUGCUCCUGCUCCUGCCAUCACUGGCCCGGGGUCUCGGACUCCGCGACGCGGGUAGACGACACCCCGAGUGCAGCCCGUGCCAGCAGGAUCGCUGCCCAGCGCCCUCGCCUUGCCCAGCGCCUUGGAUCUCCGCGCGCGACGAGUGCGGCUGCUGCGCGCGCUGCCUGGGCGCCGAGGGCGCGAGUUGCGGGGGACCCGUGGGCUCACGCUGCGGCCCUGGCCUGGUGUGUGCUAGUCGCGCCUCGGAGACGGCGCCCGAGGGCACCGGGCUCUGCGUGUGCGCGCAACGCGGCGCGGUCUGCGGCUCUGACGGCCGCUCCUACUCCAGCAUCUGCGCGCUACGUCUGCGCGCCCGACAUGCACCCCGCGCGCACCAUGGCCACCUGCACAAGGCUCGCGAUGGGCCCUGCGAGUUCGCUCCCGUGGUCCUCAUGCCCCCUCGAGAUAUUCACAAUGUCACUGGGACUCAAGUAUUCCUUUCCUGUGAGGUGAAGGCUGUGCCCACCCCGGUCAUCACCUGGAAGAAGGUCAAGCACUCUCCAGAGGGCACCGAGGGAUUGGAGGAGUUGCCCGGAGACCAUGUCAAUAUAGCUGUCCAGGUGCGAGGGGGCCCUUCUGACCAUGAGACCACAUCCUGGAUUUUGAUCAACCCUCUGAGGAAGGAAGAUGAGGGAGUGUACCACUGCCAUGCAGCCAACGCCGUUGGAGAGACUCAGUCCCACGGCACGGUGACGGUCCUCGAUCUGAACAGAUACAAAAGCCUCUACUCCUCAGUUCCGGGUGACCUCCUGUGACGAACAUGGCUUCCAGAGACACUGGUAACAAGACGAUGCCGGUCAAGGAAUGGAUCAUUUUGCUCUGUGAAAAUUUGGGGAAACUGCCUGUAGAUGGCUGCUUUUGUAUGUUUUUUUUAAGGGAAUGCAAACUAGAUUCUUAUGCAGAUGUAGUUUUUAGCAGGGCAGACCUUGGGGUGGGGGUGGGGGGGGGCGGUCUUGCAUGCAGCUUUUUUACACUUUUGGAGUGAAUCAGGUUUUUUAGAACAAUUCUUUUUUAACUCUUCUCUCCAAGAAAGGCCACACACUGUCUGUUUGUAAUUCUAAAGGGCUCAAAACAAGGCACAGGCCAGCUGACUCGUGA